GGCCGUUGUCGGCGUGCGUCUGCCAGCUACCGGUAGCGUGCGGGCUGGCGCACAGGCGAGUGGCCGGCGGUCAAAGUAGAAAGUAGUCUCCUUUCCUUCUCGCGCGUCACCACGACCUUGCACGCUUGCAGAUCGUGAACAUGACAGGCGUGAUGGCGGAACCCUACAGCAACUCUCCGGUUAAGGCUCACACUUCGACUCCAGGUCAGGUGAUCGAUCCCACGGGGAAGUUCACAGUGAAGCAGCAAGGCGCUUUCUCGGCCGUGGAGGUCAUAGUGAGGCAAGAGGAUGGUCAAUCGAGCGUGAAGGCCGCAGGCGGGGCGAUGGUAAGCAUGCACAACAACGUGGAUCUCCGCGUCGAGCUAGAAGGAGGAGUCGGGGCAGCUUGCUGCCGCUGUUGCUGCGCAGGUUCGUCCGGCUUCUUGACUCACUUCUUCAUCAAGCCGGAAAUGCCCCCGGGGACACGUGGCGACGUCCUGCUGGCACCUGGUGUCCCAGGCGAAAUCAUCCUGCUGCAAUUAGCGGGCACAGGAGACGACUGGCUGAUGGAAAAGGGGGCUUUUCUGGCCAGCGAUCCGACGGUUGAGAUCGGCGUUCACGCGCAAGGGGUGGUCACGGGGUGUUUUGGAGGGGAAGGGAUCUUCAUCCUGCGCGGAUCCGGACAAGGCCGCCUGCUGGUCAGCUCUUACGGCAGCAUCAUCAGGUACGACCUAGGUCCAGGGGAGGUUCGCAAGAUCGACAACGGAGCCUUGGUGGCCUGGCAAGCACACUUGCGCUACACCAUCAGCAAGGCGUCGAGAUCUCUGUUUGCCACCAUCUUCAGUGGCGAGGGGUUUGUUACCCAAUUCACAGGGCCAGGCACAGUCUACGCACAGACCCGCAGCCUUCAGGGCCUGGCAAAUGCACUCGCGCCAUACAUAGUGCGACAGAACUCGGGAGGAGGGCCAGCGGUGAAUGGACUCUGACGAGUCUGUGAUCGCCUCCUAGCCCUCCUCGAUUUCUGCAUGUCAUCCUUGAAAGCGCUGGGACUAUGCUAACUUUUCUCGGUAUCGUUCUACGGUAGUGUUCACGGGUGUCCUGAAGAGCUGCACAUGAUCUCGGUAUCGUUCUAGUGGUUCCGAGGCCCUCUCUUCGUUUCCUAAUUGGUCGACGUCGUUCGUUAUCUUUAGGUGUCGAUGAUGAGAGGAAGACGGUGCCUGUAAUUGCAAUCGGACGCAUCACGAUCACCUAGGUAGUUGGGUAUGAAAGCCCAAUCUCGCGCAGACAACAAAAGACAAAAAGGAGGAGAUUGGCUACUACAACCAACCCAACCCACGGUUUAAUCCUAUGGUCAUGCAGUUGUGGAAGACUGGAAGUCGGGAAAAGAGAACUCGUCCGUCAGGCAGGAGAGAGGGAGGGAGGGAGGAGAAAUUGGAAGGAGAGAGCAUCUCAGAGAGAGAGAAAGACUUACUUGUGCCACUGCAUCGGCUAGCGAUUAAUUCUCUGCUGCGAGUCAGAUAGAGCAGCGCAGGGAAGUAUGGAAGCUGUAUAUAACGACCCCACUGCCGCCUUGAAGAGUGAUAUCAGGUCAAGACGAUAAAUGAUCGCGGCCCGCGGCCCCGUGUGUGAUCUCUUACCAUUUCAAAUCUUGAGGGUAGACUACAACGUCCUGUCUUCUGGGAGGCUGGACUCAGCUUCCGCGACUAAGCAGCAGGUGCCCCUUCUGUGACUAAUACAUGGGGGAGCCAUCUACAGUGGUGGCCGUCCAUCAGGGAAGCCAUCAACAGCGCCGCCGCUCAUCAGCGGAGCCAUGUACUGCGGUGCCUCUCAUCAGCGGAGCCAGUUUUUGGGGUGGCCUGUCAUCAAGAGGAGGCUGUGGCCGUCUACACAGAGGUGGGUCUCCAUCAGAAGACCCAUCUACAGGGGGUGGCCCCCUCCGUCAGGGGACACCUACAGUACAGGGGUGCCCCCCUCCAUUAAGAGGAGGCUGGGGACUUGGGUCGCCCGGCUGAUGGAUAACCAGUAUCAACCACCAAUUGUGAUGCUUAACGAAACAACAAAAAGAGAAACUGCGAGGAGGGGGGAUGGAAAUGGGAGGGGGGAAAAGACGUAAAUGGGAGGAAAGCGAAGAGGAGGAGGAAGAGGAGGAAAAGACGAGAGGGAAACCAGACAGUCAACAUUCCAAAUAUAUUGUACCAUUUAUACAUUUUGAGAGCUUAGUGAGAUGGGUGAUGGCGGGAGGGGAAGCUGAAUUGCCGUCGACCUUCCGCCGCUACGCAGAUUGGUUUGACUGCCAAAAGGCUAUCGCUUCCUGUUUUGCUGCCCAAAAGCCUAUCGCUUCCUGUGUUGCUGCCCAAAAGCCUAUCGCUUCCUGUGAUGCUGCCCAAAAGCCUAUCGCUUCCUGUGUUGCUGGCACUUGCUGCCCUGUGGAGAGGAAGGAGUGGCCAAUCCAACGC